AUGGCUUCUGACAAAGGUCCUUCCGCUGGAGAUGCCACCUUGAGGAGAAGAAUUCAAUCCUGGGAAUUUGAAGACUUCUUUGACCCCAGAGAACUCCGUAAAGAGACCUGUCUGCUCUAUGAAAUCAAGUGGGGCAGGAGCCGUAGGAUCUGGCGAAACUCCAGCAAAAACACCACCAUGCACGUUGAACUCAAUUUUAUAGAAAAAUUUACCUCAGAGAGACAUUUUUGCCCACCCAUCAGCUGCUCCAUCAUCUGGUUUUUGUCCUGGAGUCCCUGUUGGGAAUGCGCCAAGGCCAUCCGAGAAUUUUUGAGUCAACAACCUAGUGUGACUUUGGUUAUCUAUGUAGCUCGGCUUUUUCAGCACAUGGAUCAACAAAACCGGCAAGGACUCAGGGAUCUCAUUAACAGUGGUGUGACUAUCCAGAUUAUGAGACCCUCAGAGUAUGAUUACUGCUGGAGGAAUUUUGUCAACUACCCCCCUGGGAAAGAAGCUCACUGGCCGAGAUACCCCCCUUUGUGGAUGAAGCUUUAUGCACUGGAACUCCACUGCAUAAUUCUAAGUCUCCCUCCGUGUUUAAAGAUUUCAAGAAGAUGUCAGAAUCAUCUUACAUUGUUCAGACUUAAUCUUCAAAACUGCCAUUACCAAAUGAUUCCACCCCAUAUCCUUUUAGCUACAGGGUUGGUACAACUUCCUGUGAUGUGGAGAUGAAUAGAAUGAUUCUUUGUGCAGGCUGUUUCAAGAACAGGCAAUGGUGACCCACUAAAGAGUGAGUGCCAUUAGAAUUUAGAAAUUUUCAGCUUGUGUUUUCUAUACAUUGACAAUGAUUAAUUGAAGAAGAAAAAAAAUAAUACCAGUUACAAUAGCAUUAAAAACAUUUUAAAAGGUAGGAAUAAAUUUAACCAAGGAGGUGAAAGAUCUGUACACUGAAAACUAUAACACAUUGAUAAAAGAAAUUGAAGAUGCAAGUAAAUAGAACAAUAUCCCAUGUUCAUGAAUUGGAAGAAUUAAUAUUGUUAAAAUGUUCAUACUUCCCAAAGUCAUCUAUAGAUACAAUGCAAUCCCUAUCAAGAUUCCAAUGGCAUUUUUUUUUACAUAAAUAGAAAAUCAAACCUAAAUUUCAAAUGGAACCACAAAAGACCCUAAAGAACAAUUCUGAGAAAGAACAAAGCUGGAGGCACCAUACUUCCUGAUUUCAAACUGUAUUACAAAGCUAUGGUAAUCAAACAGUGUGGUACUGGCAUUAAAAACAGACACAUAGACCAAUGCAACAGAAUUGAGAGCCCAGACAUAAACCCAUGCAUAUAUUAUUAACUAAUGUUUGGCUAGGAAACCAAAAAUACUCAAUGGGAACAAGAUAUUCUCUUCAAUAAAUGGUGCUGGAAAAGCUGAUAUUCACCUGCAAAAGAAUGAAACAGGACCCCGUCUUAUAUUGCUCACAUAAAUUAAUUCAAAAUGGAUUAAAGACUUAAAUUUAAGACCUGAAGCCAUACAAAUCCUAGAAGAAAUCUCCUUGACAUUAGUCCUGUCAAAGACUUUAUGGAUAGAACACCAAAAGCACAAGCAACAAAAGCAAAAGUAAACCUGUAUAGUAAAAGAAACAAUCAACAAAAUGAAAUGGCAACCUAUGGAAAGGGAGAAAAUAUUUGUGAACCACAUAUCUGAUAAGGGGCAAGUAUCUGAAAUAUAUAAUGAACUUCUACAACUCAAUAGUA